AUGCAAGAGCGCUCCAUUGCGAUUCCGUCGGAGAACUUCAAUCUGAUUUUUUUCCUGACUCACGCGCAAUCCCGCUUUUCAUUGAUUUUACUGUUAAAAUUGAGAUAUUCUUUUGUUUUUCAAUCAAAAAUAUUAAUUCAGACAAAUCGCAAAACCAUGGCGAUGCUUUUCGGCUUUGGCCAAUCAGCAGAAAUUCAAAUUCGGCUCUCAAAUGAGGAUACUCGAAAGAUUGUAAAAGCACGCGGAGACGAUGGAAAUAUGCACGAUCAUUUUCUUUAUUACGAUGGAGAAUCAGUUACUGGAACUGUUCAUGUGAACCUGAAAAAAGCAAAUCACAAAUUUGAACAUCAAGGGAUCAGAAUUGAAUUCAUUGGGCAGAUAGUUUCAGAAGUGUACUAUGAUCGAGGUAACCAGCAAGAUUUCAUCUCAUUGACUCGUGAACUGGCUCGUCCCGGAGAUCUCACUCAAAAUGCUCAAUUCCCAUUUGAAUUCAACAAUGUCGAGAAACCUUUCGAAACUUACAUGGGAACCAAUGUUAAACUGAGAUACUUCUUACGUGUCACUGUUAUCAGAAGGCUCACAGAUUUGACAAAAGAGCUCGAUUUGGUCGUUCACGCGUUGAGUAGCUAUCCAGAUAACGAUAAAUCAAUUAAAAUGGAAGUAGGAAUCGAAGAUUGUUUACACAUUGAAUUUGAAUAUAACAAGAACAAAUAUCAUCUUCAAGAUGUGAUCGUUGGAAAAAUCUAUUUCCUGCUUGUUCGUAUCAAAAUUAAGUACAUGGAAAUUGCGAUUCUGAAGACAGAAGUCGUCGGAUCUGGUCCAAAUACAUUCAAAGAAUCUGAAACUGUCGCGAAAUUUGAGAUUAUGGAUGGAGCACCAGUUCGUGGAGAAUCCAUUCCAAUCAGAUUGUUCCUGGCUGGAUAUGAUUUGGCGCCAUCAAUGAGAGACGUUGGAAAAAAGUUUUCAGUUAAAUACUUUUUGAAUUUGGUUCUUGUAGACGAAGAGGAUCGCAGAUAUUUCAAGCAACAGGAAGUAACUCUCUGGCGAAAAGCUGACAAAGUGAUGCGUCGUCCUGGAACUGAAGAUGACGAAGAAGAAAAACAGACAACAAGUAUUCCAGGAACUCAGAAGUUCACUGCUCCAGCUCCAGUUGAACAUCCAAAACCAGAAUCGCCAAGAUCGGAUCCAAAAAGUGGAUCAACAAGUCCUGACGAUAAUUCUGAUUCUUCAUAGAGAUAGAGAUAGUAUUUCGAUGCAAUUAAAUCAUUUUCAUAAUAUCAUACUUUUAAAUUUAAAUGCAAAACCUAACUAUCUCCUCCUUUCUUUGUUUUUUUUUUGAAAAUGGCCCGUAUUUGUUCAAAAAAGUUUCGCCUAUUCUUCCCGAUCCAAAUUUUAUUAAAAUUGCCUAUUCUGUGAUGAAAAUCUAAAUAUUCUCUUAUUUAUUUCCCAUUAUUAUAUUACAGCCCCGUUUGUUUUGUUUCUCAAAAGCCAGUUUUCAUACUACCGAUGUUUGUGUUUUGUAUAUUUUGAAAUCAUUUGUAAUUUAAAAAUUUAUAGUGGCUAUUUUUCACAUUUCCUUCGCCCGUCAAUCAAUGAGAAUCAAACCAGAGAUAAAGUUUUAUUUUAAAUUGAAA